CAAAGUGUUCAAUUGAUGCUCUACAGCAGAAAACUUUCAACGGCCUCUAAUCAAGAAAUCGACAAUGAGCUGCUUCAGGAUAGACCACCAAGCAGGGGCUCACCUGUUUCUGAGAGAUCUGCAAAAUCUGCAGAGAGACCACAUAGUGCACUAUCAGCCAAAUCAAAAGUUUCGGAUGCUGAGUUAGUCACAGCUGCUAGACCCUCUGAUGAUGGAGACUAUGAAGAUGAAGCUGAACCGAGAGCUCAGAGUGCACUGUCAACUACAUCUGCAAAAUCCUCCAAGUCAACAAAACAUGAUAGUCUGUAUGACAAUAAAUCUAAUCACGGGGAAAUGGUGGGAAGAGCUUCAAGUAAUAUGUCUGCCAGAUCAGAAAAAUCAACAAAAUCCAAUGCUUCAACAGUUUCUAAAAGGUCAAAGGCUGCUUCAGGUUGUUUGGAAGGUGUCUACCCUGAAGAGAGAGUUGUUGAAGGAGAGAGUGAAUCGAGACUGAUGUCACCAUACUCAGCUGACUCAAUUUCUUCAACAAAAACAAACAAGUCAAUGCACCCAGCUACCGGUGAAGUGGAAGAUGACUCACUAGCCAGUGAAGGAGAGAAACACGAAGAGAACGAUGAGGAAAGAUCACCAAGCACCAUGUCAGCCAAAUCCACCCAGUCAUGCAUGUCGGAGAUAUCAACAAAGUCUGCAGAAAGAACACCAAGUUCCUUGUCAGCGAAAUCUGGAAAAUCGAGUACUACUAAGAUAUGUUCAGGAAAAUGUCCUGGUGAAAGCAACAUCCUUGAGGAAACAGAAACAAGAGCGGAGAGUGUGCUGUCAUGCAAAACUGAAAGGUCAGCAAGCUCUGCCAAAUCUACCACAUCAAAAGGACUGGAUUGUCGUGCAGAUGAAAGUGCGGUUGACGAUGACGGCCAUGUGAGGAGAGCCCCAAGCAAUCUGUCAUCCAAAUCUGAAAAAUCAACAAAAUCAAGUGGCUCUAAAGGAGGCAAAAGGUUAAACGUUUCCAAAAUGUGUUUGGAACAUGAAGCUGCCGAUCCUGAAGAAAAAGCUGCAGAAAAUGUCAGGGUAGAAAAAUCUUUCUCACCUCAGUCUGUUAAGUCAAAAGCAUCUGUAAAAUCAAAUAAAUUGAAAUGUUGCGUUGAUAUUGCAGUUGUAAAAAACUCAGAUAUUUCAGAUAAGGAAAAUGACACAGAGACAGAUAUAGAAAGAGCGGCAAGCAGCAUGUCAACUAGCUCAGUCCAGUCAAGUGUCUCGGAAAUGUCUUUCAUAUCUGAAGAGAGAGCAGCGAGUGGUUUGUCAGAAAAGUCUCAUGCCUCAAUGAUAUCAGACAUAACCAAUGUUUCUGAAGUACCGUCUGGAAGAGCUGCUCUUCUUGAUGAAGUAGACAGUGAAGAUGACAAGAGAACACCGAGUGUCAUGUCGGUCAAAUCUACAAAUUCCUCCAUUUCCAACAAAUCAUCCAAGUCCGCAAAACUGGAUAAUGAGAAACAAAGAGAGAGAUCACCCAGUAAUCUGUCAGUCAAAUCUGGGAGAUCGGCAAAAUCAAACAUAUCCAAAAGAUCAGACGUUUGUGACAUUCUCUCGGAAAAUAGCGCUGACAAAUGCGAUGUAAGAAUUGUUGAAGGGGAGAGUGAAGGAAGCACAAUUAGUGUGGUGUCUGCUCAGUCAGUUAAGUCACAACGCGAAAGGUUUGGCUAUGACAGUCUAGAAAAUGAAGAGCAUAAAAGACCACCCAGCAGCUCCUCAGCUAAAUCAGUCUUCUCACAUGUGUCUGAGAAGUCUUCCAAGUCUGCAGACAGGCCAGCAAGUGCUUCGUCUGCUAAAUCAACAAAGUCACGUGCUUCAGCAAAGUCAAUCCGCUCAGAGAUUUCUGAUGCAAAGUCGGGCAAAACUGUGGAAAUUUAUGACGAAGUGACUCAAAGUCAAGAAAGAACAAACAGUGCUCUAUCAUCUAAAACGGCACAGUCAGCUAUUUCUACAAAAUCUUCUAAAGUAAAAGACAGUGAACGUCCAGAAGAAGAGGGAGAACACGAAGACAGAAAUCCGAGCAGUAUGUCUGUCAGAUCAGUGACAUCCGCCAAAUCAAAUGUCUCUAAAGUAUCCCGGAAAUCAAAAGCCUCUGCUGUUACUUGUGAGCCCAGUGCUAAAAACGGCGAUGAAGAUAAAUGUCAGGAAGAGGACAAUGAAAGCAGAUCUGUGAGUUCAAUGUCAAUCCAUUCUGUCAAGUCAGAUAUUUCCGCAAGAUCAGGCAUGUCGAUAUGUUCAAGUGAUAUCCCAGUUCAACAAAUCAUCGCAAGACCAGAUUCACCUGCUUCAACUAUUUCUAUAAAGUCAAAUAGCUCUGGAGUUUUUUCUGAUUCUAACCCAACAGGGGAGAGGACAGAUAAGAAAACCUCUCAGGGCAGAUCAGAUAGUGCAAUGUCUGCCAAGUCAACUUUUUCUGCAAAGUCAAAUAAGUCAAAGAUUUCAGCUGAUCCAACUGAUGGAUCUGUCCGUGAUCAUGAUCAGGUAGCAAGACAAAAAAGCAAUUUGUCAAUCAAAUCCUCAACAUCAAAUGUUUCUGGAACAUCUACAAAAUCGAAAGCUUCUAACAUCCCAUCUGAACACAAACGGGAUAUCGCCGCUUCGGAUAUUGAAGGAGGAGGAAACUUGUCGUCGACUGAGACGAUCAAGUCUAAGGUCUCUGAUUGUUCAAAAAAGUCCAGAUGCUCUGAUGGUGCAUCUGCUGAGAGCAUUGAGACCCCCGAUGAGGACGACGGUGAAGAAACAAUGCAAGACAGAGCUGAAAGCUGUUCGUCAGUUAAAACAGGUUGCUCUCAUGCAUCUGAAAAAGCCAUUGGAUCAAAGCAUUCACAUGUGGCCGAUCAAAUGACGUUUCUUCUGAAAAUAUUUCCAAUGUCACUGAUGACAACGCAGAAGAGGACCUUGAGAGGAAACCUUUAAGUCCUACUUCUGCUAAGUCGGUGAAGA